GGAACUCCUCUUGACGUUCUGGUCCUUUAGCACAUCUCUUCAUUGGUAGACUCUUUGGCAAUAAACACGUGGAGACAUCAUACCGACCGCCAAGCUAAAGGUAGAAACAGCAUCUUGUUAGAUCUGGGAUUGAACUGGACACUAAGAUGAUGAGUGAAGAUGUGGAGCGGCUGCUGAUCCAGUUUCAGGAUGAGAAUGGAGAGGUUCUGGGUUCUCCUUUUGAUGUGCCUCUUGACAUCACCCCAGACAAACUGCAGCUAGUCUGCAAUGCACUGCUGCAAAAGGAGGAGCCUGUGCCUCUGGCAUUUUUUGUGCGUGGAGAGGCAGAGGUGGUGUCCAGUCUUGGAUCCUGUAUUAAGGCUCUCGGGGUGGAGACGGAGCAGGUUCUGCCAGUGGUGUACCAACCUCAGGCUGUGUUCCGGGUUCGGGCCGUGACCCGCUGCACCAGCACGCUGCAGGGACACACAGAGGCAGUGAUCUCCACUGCUUUUAGUCCUACGGGAAAGUAUCUGGCCAGCGGAUCAGGAGACACCACAGUGCGCUUUUGGGACCUGACAACUGAGACGCCCCAUCACACAGCCAGAGGACACACCCACUGGGUCCUUAGCAUCGCCUGGUCACCUGAUGGAAAGAAGUUGGCCUCAGGUUGCAAGAACAGUCAGAUCUUUCUCUGGGAUCCAGUGACGGGGGCACAGAUAGGAAAAACUUUGACAGGACACACCAAGUGGAUCACUUGGCUCUGCUGGGAACCUCUCCAUCUUAACCCAGAGUGCAGAUACCUGGCCAGCAGCUCUAAGGAUUGCUCUAUACGUAUCUGGGACACUGUUCUGGGGCGCUAUGAUAAGAUCUUGACGGGACACACUCAGUCAGUCACCUGUGUGAAAUGGGGAGGAGACGGACUUCUAUACACUUCCUCUCAGGACCGCACCAUCAAAGUCUGGAGGCCAAAAGAUGGCAUCCUGUGCAGGACUCUGCAGGGUCACGCCCACUGGGUGAACACCCUGGCUCUCAGCACAGAUUACGUCCUGCGUACUGGAGCUUUUGAACCUGCUACAGCCACUAUCAACCCCCAGGAUCUCACUGGAUCUUUGGAUGAGAUAAAGGAAAGAGCCUUGCAAAGAUACAAUAAAGUUAGGGGGUCCGCUCCGGAGCGGUUGGUGUCAGGCUCUGAUGAUUUCACCCUGUUCCUGUGGAAUCCCGCUGAGGAUAAAAAGCCUUUAGCCAGGAUGACCGGCCACAGCGCUCUGGUCAACGAAGUGCUCUUCUCCCCUGACACCAGGCUACUGGCUUCAGCUUCAUUUGAUAAGUCAAUUAAAAUCUGGGAUGGACGGACUGGAAAGUACCUGAUGUCUCUGCGUGGCCAUGUGGGAUCCGUGUAUCAGGUGGCGUGGUCGGCAGACAGCAGGCUGCUGGUCAGUGGCAGCAGUGACAGCACGCUCAAAGUGUGGGACGUAAAAACUGGGAAGCUUAACAUGGACCUUCCUGGCCACGCUGAUGAGGUUUAUGCUGUGGACUGGAGUCCUGAUGGACAGAGAGUAGCAAGUGGAGGGAAAGACAAAUGUCUUCGAAUAUGGAGAAGAUAGCCAAUAUGGGCCCUAUUGGCUUUCUCUAUGGUUUGUAGAGCUUCAGACAGGUGGAGCAAAAGAUAGCCGGAGUGGAUCAGGUCCUCCAUUCGUCAGAUGGCAUUGUGUCGAGGAACUUCCAUCUUGUCACUAUAUAAAUACUGAAUCUUGGUUUUAGGUUCAAGUGUGAAUAAUUCAUUGAUGGACGUUAAAAAAGCAAAUUAUUGGAAACCUGAAUGUGAAAAAUUGGUUUCUUGAGAUUUCUACAUUUAGAAAAAAUGUAUUUCAAUACAGAUUAUUUAAUAUACUAACCCUGAUAAACAUGAUCUGUUCAAAUCAGGUACCAGUUUUCAGGUUUUAUAUAUAGAGCUUUAACCAUCAUCAUAAAUACAAAAGAUCAUAGAUUUUCAGGUGAUUUUUAGUUUAUAAACCAAAAUAAAUUAUAAAUUUUUUUUACAGAUGAAAUGGAGAUGCUCUCCAGAAGAGUAGUUGGUCUAAAGCAACAUGUGGGAGUGUUAAUGCCUUCCCUGUUGUUUACUCUGCUCCUUUAAUCUAUUCCGCCCAACCUUCUACACAUUAGUCAUUUGAAAACUGCAGUGGCAGGAAAUGCUAAACUCAUCAUUUCAUCCCACAUUGGGAAACCUCAUUUCCUGUCCACAACAUGAAUUUAUUACUUUUUUUUGUGUAAUGUGUUUUGACUUUGACCCCCACAAACGCUGGUGAGUGAACAUUAAAUUCAGUGGCUGGAAGAAUUUUCCGUUUUUGCCUCUAAAAGAUGGAAUUGCUGUCAAAUGUUGAUGGAAAGCAGCUUGUGUCGGUGGUUUUAAAUCUAACUGGACUGUGUUGCAUUAUGACAACAAUAAAAAAUCUUCU